GCGGGGCGCUUUACGCGGAAGCCGGUGGCGUCCGGUCCCAGCCUCCUCUGGGAGCGGGCAGUUGGCGGCCCGGCUCAGACUUGCGCCCCUCGGUUCUGAGCCCACGCGCUCUCAGGGGGUGCACGGACAGAUUGAAGCCAUGGCCAUUCUUUUUGCCGUUGUUGCCAGGGGAACGACUAUCCUUGCCAAACAUGCUUGGUGUGGAGGAAACUUCCUGGAGGUGACAGAGCAGAUUCUGGCUAAGAUACCUUCUGAAAAUAACAAACUAACGUACUCACAUGGCAAUUAUUUGUUUCAUUACAUCUGCCAAGACAGGAUUGUAUAUCUUUGUAUCACUGAUGAUGAUUUUGAACGUUCUCGAGCAUUUAAUUUUCUGAAUGAGAUAAAGAAGAGGUUCCAGACUACGUAUGGUUCGAGAGCACAGACAGCACUCCCAUAUGCCAUGAAUAGCGAGUUCUCAAGUGUCUUGGCUGCACAGUUGAAGCAUCACUCUGAGAAUAAGGGCAUAGACAAAGUGGUGGAGACUCAAGCCCAAGUGGAUGAACUGAAAGGAAUCAUGGUCAGAAACAUAGGUAUGUUUCAUGGCAUAGUCCACAUGCAUAUGGGCAAAAAUGAUAAUUGAUUACUUGAUUGGGGU